AUGAACAACAAAAUACCUCUAGAUCUUAAAGAGAGCGCAAAUCCACUUCAAGGGUCUUGAAAUCGAGCCCUAAGGUAGUUGACGACGGAACGCUAUUUCUCUACACAUAUAGACAGUCUUCAUAUCCAUCUUCGUUCUUACUCAACAUUCGAAACUUCAGGAUGAGUCCCAGCGCAACUAGUACCUCUUCAGCAACAUUGCAAAAAGCGAGUGGCCAGUUCGACAAUGAACGCCAAUAUACAGAGUUGGACGCCUCCAAGAUGGUCAAGGAGCUUGUACCCGAGAAAGACCAACUUCCAGUUCCAGAUGCCCACGAUCCCGUGAGACUCGGCCAGAACUACACCACGGCACACAUGGUCCAGGUCCCAUGGUCUAUGCAAACCGGCUGGGGAACACCCGUGAUGAGUCCCUACGGCAAGAUCGCCUUGGAGCCAACAGCAAGUGUCCUGCAACAUGCCACCGAGUCUUUCGAAGGAAUGAAAGCCUACCGAGGCCACGACUCCAAACUCCGCCUCUUCCGCCCCGACCUCAACUGCGCCCGCCUCCUCAAAUCAAACGCCCGCGUAGGUCUCCCCUCCUUCAGCCCCUCCGCCGUCCUCCAAAUCAUCACAACCUUCCUCGCAACAGAAUGCCCCCGCUGGCUCCCAGACCCCGGCACAAACCUCUACAUCCGCCCCGCCAUGGUCGGAAGCGGCUUCGCGCUGGGUAUAAACCAGCCCCCCGAAGCCCUCUUCUUCCUCUUCGCCGCGCUCUUCCCGCAGGCUUCUUCGGGCCUGCCGCACCCGGGCAUCAAGUUACUCGCCAGCAGCCCCGAGCAUAUUCGUGCCUGGCCUGGUGGGUUCGGAUCUGCCAAGGUGGGUGCGAAUUAUGGGCCUGCUAUGGUUUCGCAUGCGAAGGCGAAGGAGAGGGGGUGUGGUCAGACGUUGUGGUUGUUUGGGGAGGAGAGGGUUGUUACGGAGGCUGGGGCGAGUAAUUUCUUUGUUGUUUGGAGGAGGAAGGGGGGUGAGGGGUUGGAGCUUGUGACUAGUUCGUUGGAUACGGAGGUUAUCCUGGAUGGUAUCACUCGGAGGAGUGUGUUGGAGAUUGCGAAGGAGAGGCUGACGGGGGAUUCGACGGGUGGUGCUGAGCUGGCUCCGCUGGAGGUUGUUGAGCGUCCGUUUACCAUGGGCGAGGUUGUGGAAGCGUAUGAGGAUGGGCGGCUGGUUGAGGCGUUUGUUUCUGGUACUGCGAUGUUCAUCACUCCGGUUUCUAUGAUCAAGUAUGGGGAUACUGAGAUCCAGUUUCCGAUGACGGUCACCGAAGAGGGGUAUAAGACACCGCGCUCAGUGUACUCUUCCGUCAUCAAGUCUUGGUUGGAGGAUAUUAUCUACGGCCGAGUGAAACAUGAAUGGGGUUAUGUCGUUGCUGAGGAGUAAACUGUCGUUUAGGAAUGGACUAUUUGCAUUUUCAAAGCAAGUACAUGACAGCCGACACGAAAAGGUCAAGGUGUAGUCGCCUUUAGAGAAG